AUGGUAUGUAUGAUCAAACUUUGCCGAGACUGCCCGGUGCCCGCGCAGGUAAAAUGCACACUGAGAUUAUUGCGGGCGGCUCACAAUGCAGAAGUUUCGCGGAGACGCAGGCGCCGUCGGGAAAAUCGCGUCAGGCUGGAAAGGGUGGAGAAGAUGCCGGAAUUGUUGUUCAUUCAACAAUUUCGGCUUAGCAAAUCCGUGUUUAAACAACUUUGUUCGGACCUGCGUACCCAGACCACACUUCGUGGCACACGUGAAAUCCCAUUGAAAAUAAAGGUUUUAUGUGCGCUUAGCUUUUACGCCACGGGGUCAGACCAACGGAUUGUGGGGCUAACCCAGCAUUUAACUCAACGAACAACAAGCCGUUGCAUUCGUCAGGUGACCAACGCACUGAACAGGGAAAGCAUCAGUGAUAAGUGGAUUGUGUUUCCACAAACACAGCAUGAGCGAACCAUAAUAAAACAAGAAUUUUUUAAUACUUUUGGGAUGCUUGGACUUCUAGGGUGUAUAGACUGUACACAAAUUCCGAUUCUACGACCAUCACAGUAUGAGGAGCGAUAUUACUGUAGAAAACAAUACCAUUCCUUAAAUGUACAGCUGAUUUGUGAUGCAGAUAUGCAGAUCACCAGUAUAGACGCUUGUUACGGUGGGAUCAAAGACACACCCUCUUGUGUCUGCGACCCGACCAUUGACGAGGACAUCUGGCACAUUGCGUGCGACUGCCCGCGCUUUGGCACGGAGAGGCUCGAGCUCGAACUAAAGACCGGAGUAAAGAUCAGUCCGGACAGCUCGAGCUUGAGAGAACUGUUGAGGUCAGAUGGACAAAAACGGGAGAGCACAAAGUUCUUGGAAAAUAUUGUCCGCGUAUCAUGCAAAAGGAAAAAAUAG